GCUGGGAUGCAGCAGCACGUAGACACGGUGGCACUCGAGAACCUCGUGGAAAUGAAUGCAAAUCCUAAGGUGCGACCCAUCGCGGCUCCUCGCGACCACUUUUGGUCGAAUGCCUUGCUGAAGGCCAUAGAAAUGGUGGGCGAGCCUGCGGCCUCGAACCUGACGGACGAAAAGCUCGAGAUGUUGCAAGGAGUCGCGGAACUGAUAGAAAAACGAAAUCGCUUAGAGCAAGGCCGUUCUCCGGUCUCCGAUGGAGUAAGCCUAGGGGCGAAUGGUGCAACGACAAGCAAUGCGGACAGUAGCAUUUUGCCACCAAGCAGUGCGGAGACGAGCGCGCUCAUCAGCACACUGAUGCAAGGAGGCGGGGCGUUGAGCACGCUGGGCUCGGCUGCGUCCGUGCUGACUGCGGCGGGUCUGCAGUUGCCUCGGGGAACCGUAGUCGCGGCCGGAGGCGCUGGAGGAGUACCCGGGAACAACGGGCUCGGAAGUCCGGGUCGCAUGUCAGCGCUUGCUGACAUGAUCCGCGCCAACGGGCAUGUGGGCGCAGCGGCGGCUUUAGACCACGAGAUCCGCAUGAUUGACCACGAGAUCCGCAUGGCCAGUGGCCGCGAUCCGCAGGAUCUUAUGCAUGAAGACCAUUUUAGCACCCCAGUUCAGGCGGGACGCAACGGCGACGCAGGUGAACCAGGAUCCCCGACGCGCACACGACCACGCACCAAUCGCAGGGCGUCGAUCCCAAACGCGGAGACCCUGGCGCUUCUAGCGCAACUGGAACAGGCGGGAAGGGGUGGUGCGUCAUCGAUUCCCACUCCAGACGCGAGCCUUGGAAUAGGACAUUACCCAGCGCAGGACGGAGCAGCAUUCUCAUCGCCGCCGCAGCAAUUGCCUUAUCGGAGGGUUAUGCCGUCAGGGCCAGAAAUGGUGGAGCAGAAUUUGCAGACUACCGAUAUCAGGAGCACACUAGGUUCGUACAUGGGUUCUAUGCGGAGCAACGGCCAACAAGGGCCAGUGUCGCCGUCAUUCCUCGCGCAGCCUGGGUCCGAGGCUUUUCACUCGGUUGUCGAUAGCAGCGACGGUGAGCAGGAGCGGUACACGGUCCAGCAUGGACAACUCUGUAUGGCGCAAUCCGGUCCGUCAACAGCGGUGCCACCAUUCGGAAGCACAAAUGCAGCACCGGAGAUAACGAGGCGCACUGCCAGCAUUCCUGAACUAGAUGAAGAUCAGCCUCCACGACGCCAACGCCGUGUCAUCCCAGCGAUCGCGACGCCUCACCCGCAGCUUCGUGGUAUGAGCACCGCGCCGUUUCUCGACGGUUUUGCAUCUGCAGAAAAUCUGGAUCCGGCUGCUGUGGCUGCCGCGUCGCGCAUUUUCAAUUCGGUACCUCGAACGAAUCCAUUGCUGGCUGCGCAGCAGGCACGCGUUCACCAAGGUCUCAUGUACGCAGCGGCUCAGGCGAGUCAAGGUCAACAAGAGCUUGGUGGACAGGGUCUGCUGUAUCCACCGGGGGGUAGAGGUGUUGGCUUGCCAGGCACGAACGAGGUUGAUGCAAUGGAACUGUCAGAAUCAACGUACCAGGCGCAACCUGAGCAGCGCAACAUGGGAAGCGUUGCGUCCUCCUCUGCAACGCAGCGUGCGGCGAAUCUCUCUUACACUCCCCUUAAUCUAGCGAGCGACGGUAGCUAUGCGCAAUGGAGCGACAACAACAUCCACCCCUCCGUUUUGGGUAUAUCAUCUGGCCGUAGUGCUGGUUCACGGCAGGGUCCCCCUUCCACGUCUAGUUCGCAGCGCAACAACCAGCAGCGUAACCCAAUAGAAGUACGACAAGCGGCGAAUAGUAUGUCGGGCCAUUCUCACGUGCGUGUUGAUCGCGCCUGGUCAGCAGAACUGCCACAAAACAAUACCUUGGAGAGCGAUACCUUGGGCGUCCCUCCGCUGCUGUCUGGUGAAUUUCUUUCCCAGUACCGUGGGUAUUCUGCACCGGUCCAAAGCGGAGGGGGCGCGGGAUAUUACGCAGAUUCGCCUGACGCAGGAUCCAGCGAUGGCUAUUCCGUGGCCGCACGUGGCGUCGCUGGGUCAGACGAUGCUUGGCUCAUGAGUCAGGUCGCGGGAAUGUCCACUACGCAGGCCGAAGCCGAGGAGCGAAUGUUGCGACUUAGCCAGCGUCAAGUGAUUUUCGAAUCACGAGGACAUGACCUUGACGUUGGCCAGCAGCAAGAGCUGGGCUAUCCUCCAGGAGCACUCGGUAGACAAGAUAUGACGGGCGGCGCUCGACCUUCCAUGGGAGGCGCUGGCGGUGGGGAGUUUGCCCGCAACUAUCCCUCGCUCGCAGCACUGGCCGAGCAGCGGGAUCGCGAAAUUCGAGAGGCAGCGAGCAGACGUUUCGAUGCGCCGCCUACGCCACGACGCGUCUUAAAUCAGAAUGUGGCGCCGAAUGCCACGUACGCCGUCGGCGGUCAGAGGGCAAGCGCAAAUGGAAGUCGCGGCUCAAUCGCGGGCGCUCGGUAUCUCGAUCUGCAGCGACGCUCCGCAGCUGCGCGCGACGCCUCAUCGAUCUUCGGCGAUAACUACGACUAUGCGCGAACCGCGCGAGAUCGGCAGGUGGCAAGCAGUGCGCGAGCCAGUUAUCUCGCACAGCAGCAGACCCAAGCACCACGGAGCCGUUUCGGCGUUGGUCCGCGAGAGCGCGCGAGCCACCUGCGAAGACAAGAAACUGGCCGGGUGUUUGCCUCCUCCAGAUUUGAUCCUGAAGACGAUAUCGCCUUCGCGAGAUCUCGCAACAGUACCGCAGCUAUGUAUGGCGCUCUGCGUCGGGAUGGCCGAGGCAGUAGAGCAACUAGCAAUGAGGAUUUCGCUCCGGCUACACGACGCACGCGGAUGUCGGCAUUCGGUCCUAUGGAAGCAGCAAUACGGGCUCGUAUGGACCGUGAUAUGCUAGAGCUAGAGGGUGGGGGCGGCGGAGGUGCCCGAAACUCUACAGGGAGAAGAGACGAUGGGAGAUGAGCUCUUUUCUUCCACACAACGUCUUAGAUAAAGACGAAGUUGAUUACACCCACUUACAGUCCCAUCCUCAUGAAUCACCAGAAUUCAGUGCCUUAGGAGAUCUAAAAACAAAAACAAAGUCAAGUUUUGGAACUUUUCUGAAAAGCUUCCAGGGGAUAUUUGUCAGUCUAGUGUCGCUUCUGUAGGCUGGUAUUUUGUUAAAAUUUUAUAUUGAACCUCAAGUACUAAACAACAUCUAAUGAUCGUCAGUUCUUCCCCUCCAUCAUUAUGAGAUAGAGCAGGUUUUGCUAUCGUUAUCGGCUACCUAAUUUCUUCGGUCUCGAAAUAUUUUCUUUUUGCGCAGGCUGUUGGCCUAAUGGUCUUAUGUGAUUUCUUUUACGGAUCAGGAAUAAUUAUCCUAAGGACAGCAUAUGGUACAGGAAACAGAUUCUUCUCGUAUUUUUCCAGAAGCUAAACUGCGGCGGGUUUUAACAACUAGGGCACGCUUUUUCCAGUGAAAUAAUUUUAAUUGUUCAAAAGAGACGGAAGCAGCAC